AUGACAAAUCAGGAUAGUGAAUACGAAGAUUUCCAGAAAGACUACCAAGAAUCCAACUGGCUGUCAGGGUUGUUUUAUGGAUGGGCUACAAAGUUAGUGAUGCAUGUAUAUCAAAGAAAGUCUCUGGACAGACUUGAGCAAUGAAUACAAAUGGAAGAAAAAGACUGUUCAAAAACAUUAUGAGAUCGUAUCGAAGGAAACCUUGAAGACAUGCUAAAGAAUCCUCAGUUUGAUUACAAAUGGGGCAUUAUCCGUCUAGUAUUCAAAACUCUAAAAUUUGACGUUUUCAGGACUAUUUCUUAUGGAAUUGUAGCUGAGGUACUCCAGGUGAUAAAUUUAUUUAUCAUUUCGUUUUACAUAAAAUGGAUCCAGAACGAGGAUAGUGCAGCUUGGAUAGGAUUUGCAUUAAGCUUUGCUAUAGCCAUCAUCACUGCAGUUGCAUUGACUAUAAGGCACAGAUUCUCAUUCUAUGCCUCAUUGACUGGGAUUAAUAUGAGGAAAUCCAUUACUGCCUUGCUAUUUAAGAAAAUUCUCAAAUUUAAUCAGACAUCUUUAUCAAAAGCUUCCAGUGGAAAAAUAUAGUGACUAUAGUAAGUGGAGAGUUACAAGUGAUAGAGCAUGGCUUGGUCAUGGCUCCAUACAUCAUAAUUGCACCGAUUAUCACUAUACUGUCAUUCUCCUUGAUAGCUAUCGAUUUUGGAGAAGCUGCUGCCAUAGGGUUUUGUAUGUUUAUUCUCAUUAUUUUAUGCCAGGCAAUCAUUUCCAAAGCAACCGUGAAAUGGAAAUACUGGGAAGGAGUAUACUCUGAUAAACGUAUUAAGGUUAUUUCUGAUAUUGUCACAGGGAUCAGGACUAUCAAAUGAUAUGCCUGGGAAAUACCUUUUGAAAAACUAGUAUCUAAAUGGAGAAGAAGCCAACUAGCGAUGCUGAUACGAAGUCAUACAGUAAAUGCAAUUGGUUCAGGAAUAUUCAUGAACGGAGGUUAUGUAAUUGCUUUCGCCAUCUUUUCAUACCACUGGGCGAUGGGAAGGGAGUUUUCUUAUGAAAGAUCUCUUUCUGCUAUAGCUUUAUUAAGUUACUUAUCCCUUACGGCAAUAUUUUUCACCUAUAAUGCUAUUUCAAACUUUGCUACUUUUAUCGCUAUAAUGUCCAGAGUAGGUGAAAUACUACAAAUGGAGGAGUAUGACAGCCAAAUUUCUCACAAUGAGGAACCCCUUUCUCCUGGAGUAAGAGUUCAAAUACGGAAUGUAUCUUCCUCAGAGGGAUCUAGCCUUCCCAAGAUUAAAAAUUUUAAUGCUGGAGAAAAUGGGUCUGACAAAUAUUACCCAACUGUAAGUGAAAGCAGCGGAAGUUUUCAUUCAAAAUGUUUAAACCUAACUGCGACGGACAACCAACUUGUUUGCAUUGUUGGCGCUGUAGGCUCUGGUAAAACUCACCUGUUGCUCUCCUUAAUGAAGGAACUCAGGACUGAAGGAGUACAUGUUACUACAACCGGUAGUAUUGCUUAUGUUGAGCAAGAGCCAUUUAUAAUUUCAGGAUCUAUUAAAGAUAACAUUCUUAUGGGCGACCACUAUGACCCUGAUGAAUUUUCAAAAGUCCUUCAAGUAUGCUGACUCGACCAAGAUAUUGCCAACAUGGAGGAUGGCAUUGAUACUGAGAUAGGCGACCGUGGAGUCACCAUUAGUGGAGGCCAAAAGGCAAGGAUUAGCCUUGCCAGAGCAGUCUACUCAGAUGCUGAUAUUUACUUGCUAGAUGAUCCAUUAAGUGCAGUUGAUCCUGAAGUUGCUGUGAAAAUCUUCCAGAGGUGAAUAAACGGCUUUCUUCAGGAUAAGUGAAGAUUUUUGGUUACCCAUCAAGUACAACAUUUGAAAGAAGAAAAGGACAUUUGAGUUAUCGAAAAUAAAUAUAUAAAAUAUCGGGGAUCGUAUGACCAACUUAGAGAACAAGGGAUAGACUUUGAUUUCAUCUUAAACGAAUAUGAAAAUAAUGAGUCUCUUGAAGAUGAAGAUUUUGCUAGUAUUCUGAACAACACUAAUGUAAUUGAUUCCCAGAGGCAUGACCAGCGCGAGUUAUUCAAAAAUAUCCGUCAUGACUCUUUCCCUAAUUCCGGGAAUAAUCGACCAUCUAUCGGAAAUAUUAGAACUUCAGAAGGCUGCGAAAUAAGAGUUGACCAGUCUGUUGAGCAACAUACUCCUGAUGGAAUGGAAUCAGCUGAUAACCUCAAUAGCGGUUGCUCCAAUAUCUAUGAAGACGAAGUAGCUAAAGACACGACACAACGUAAAGGAAUCUUUCAGAAAGAAGAGAAGGAGCAAGGCAAGGUGAGAAUCAUAGACUUCUUCAAAUUUGUGCAGAACAAAUUUGCAAUAUGAAGCCUUGUCCUUAGCAUAUUUCUUUCGAUAAUCUGAGCUUGCCUUUUCAUCUCUGUUAGCAUCACAGUGUCGGAAUGGACAAGUGAUGAUAAUAAUGAUAAAUCGAAAUGGCACAUGCUUUUUAUGUCCUCAGUCUCCUUAUACGUCUUCGUCAGUUUUUGAAGAUGUCUGAUGGUCUCAGCCACCUGCUUGAGCUCGUCUCAAAGAAUUCACUCAAAAAUGGUUUGGAAGCUACUUAGAGCGAAAGUUAUGACUUUUGAUAGUACUCCUAUUGGAGCUAUCUUGACCAGAUUUUCAAAGGAUUUAGGAGUCACCGACUUUUUACUUCCCCAAAUGGCGAAUCAUUCAUUAAUCACCAUGAUGAAGGUAGGAAUCCUUAUAACCUUCAUCGUUCUGGUGAUCCCUUGGAACUUGCUAGUACUGAUCCUUGUCCUAAUUCCGAUGUACUUCAUUCGGAAGUGGUCAAUAAUCGCUCAAAAUGAUGCUCAGAGAUUUGAGUCUAUGAGUAAAGGACCUUUGAACACGAGGUUUUCAUCAGCUCUUGAUGGAAUCACUACCAUCAGAGCUUACAAGAGGACCCAGUACUACACUGACAAAUUCAUUAAGGAUUGAGAUCUGAAUGCUAAUGCUAAGUUUACCUUACAAGGCAUCAAAAGAUGGGCAGGUUCUAGAAUUGAUCUCUGAGCAUGAGCCUUUGUUGCAGGAAAUUUAUUACUGGUUACAAUCCUAGUAGCCUUCUUUGAGGUUUUUGAUAAGAAACUUGCAGCGCUUACUGUCCAGUUCUCACUAGAGUUCUCAUUUACAGCCAAUGUAGCGAUUAGGUUUUAUGGCGAAGUAGAAAAUAUGUUGACGAGCUCUCAAAGAAUGAUGGAAUAUGCAAAUCUUGAAUCUGAAGAUGAACUAACAAAGCCAAAUGACCCAGUAAACUUUCCUGAGACUGCAGAAAUAAAUUUUAGUAAUGUCCACAUGAGAUACCAACCACAUUUGCCUAAGGUGCUGAAGGGUCUAUCUUAUUAUGUGAAAGAGGGACAAAAGAUAGGAAUAAUUGGAAGAACUGGAUCUGGUAAAAGUUCAAUUUUACAGACAAUCUUUAGACUUGUUGAAACCGAACCAGGCUCACAAAUCAUUAUUGGAGGUGAAGAUAUCAAAGAUAUUGGACUCCAUUGCCUUCGUAACGCAAUUUCUUUCAUCCCUCAGUCUCCUUUCUUAAUUUCAUCUACAAUCAGAGCCAACCUUGAUCCUUUCGAAGUGUACUCUGAUGAGAAGGUCUGGAGGGUUCUUGAAGAAGUCCAACUCAAAAACUAUGUUCAAAGUUUGAAUGAUGGGCUGGCUACAGAAGUUACAGACCAGAAUAUAUUCUCUGUUGGCCAGAAACAGCUGAUUUGUUUGGCCAGAGCCAUUCUUCGUAACACCAAGAUCUUAGUGCUGGAUGAAGCAACAGCCAACGUAGACAUUGAGACAGACUCACUAAUCCAGAGAGCAAUCAGAGAGAAGUUCAAAGACUGCACAGUACUAACAAUCGCCCACAGAAUAGCCACAAUCAGUGACUCAGAUCAAAUCCUUGUUAUGAAUGACGGAAAAGUACUAAAAGAGGGAAGUCCAGACGAAGUGUCUGCCCUGCUGCAUAAAUAA